AUGAAGUUCACCACUGCCUCCGUUUUUGCUCUUGUGCUUGCUGUUGCCGGUUCCGCCCAUGGUGCCAAUGUUCGUGGUGCUGAACAAGCAGAACAACGCCAGCUCCAUGCAACACCCGGCGUCAUUGCUGUGAUUGAGCACUGCGGUAGUGGCGCUGCCCCACUGGCUGUGGCUCACAGCUGUGGAUGUGGUUUUGAGUUUGAAAGUGGUGAAAGUUUGACCGGUACUCCCUGCGACCAAGGAUGCAAUGGCCAGGGAUCCCGUGGCUUGUCCUGUAUUACUCAGGUCAUUGGCCCCAUCGGCUCCAGUUUGCCCAACCCUCGUGGCGACCUCAAGAUUUCCAAGACUUAUAAUGCUUGUGUUCGUCAGAGUUGUGGUAUUGGCGGCAACAAUUAA